AUGGAGAUGAGAAACAAAGCACUUCUAUCCUCUACCUCCCCCUCCUCCACGGAGGCAACCCUCACAACGGCCUCCCACCACCCUUCCAACAACACCGCCAACCCGCCGACAUCACACUCCGCAACAUCACUAAACCGCGCGGAGAACCCACUCACAGUCGCUUCGCAACUCACCACCGCCCGCGCCAUCCUCUGGGACCCCGAAUACACCACCCGCAACCCACCUGACAUCCGCCUCCACCCCACGCACGUCGGCACCCUCAGCGUUGGCGGAAGGACCGACAGCAACAUCUCCGUGCGCAGCUUGGGCGGCGGCAGCAAGAUCGCCACCAUGGACAAGCGGCACCCGUCCAGCUUCCAGCAGCUGGAGAAGCUGGGCGAAGGGACAUACGCGACCGUGUUCAAGGGCCGUAAUGGGCAGACCGGGCAGUUUGUGGCUCUGAAGGAGAUUCACCUAGACUCGGAGGAAGGGACGCCUAGCACGGCGAUCCGGGAAAUCAGUCUGAUGAAGGAGUUGAAGCACGAGAAUAUUGUCAGCUUGUACGAUGUCAUCCACACGGAGAACAAGCUCAUGCUGGUGUUUGAGUACAUGGACAAGGAUUUGAAAAAGUACAUGGACUCUUACACUUCUCCAUCCACCACAUCUGGGCAGUCCGCGCGAGGCGCGCUGGACGCUGGGAUUAUCAAGUCGUUCAUGUGGCAGCUCCUACGAGGGAUUGCGUUCUGCCACGAGAACCGCGUCCUGCAUCGCGACCUCAAACCCCAAAACCUUCUCAUCAACAACCAAGGCCAGCUCAAGCUUGCUGAUUUCGGUCUCGCCCGCGCUUUCGGCAUUCCUGUCAACACCUUCAGCAACGAAGUCGUGACCCUCUGGUACCGCGCGCCGGACGUCCUCCUUGGAAGUCGAACUUACAAUACCAGCAUCGACAUCUGGUCCGCUGGCUGCAUCAUGGCUGAGAUGUUCACCGGUCGACCCUUAUUCCCAGGUACGACGAACGAGGAUCAGCUUCUCAAGAUCUUCCGCCUGAUGGGCACGCCCUCCGAGCGCUCCUGGCCAGGCAUCUCUUCUUUCCCCGAGUACAAGACCAACUGGCCCGUCUACUCGACCCAGGAGCUCCGUGCGAUUUUGCCACAGGUGGAGCCGACGGGCGUGCAGCUGUUGGGUCAAAUGCUGCAGUUGAGGCCGGAGAUGCGCUGUUCCGCGCAGCAGGCACUCGCACAUCCCUGGUUCGCGGACAUAAAUGCGAGGCAAGCGCAGCAGCAGCAUGGGCCGGGUGGCUAUGCGGCAGCGCAGCCGGCACCGCAGGGUAUGGUUGGGCAGCAGCAGCAGCAGAGGGCGUACUAG